AACACACUCAAAUCUCUUUUUUUUUGUUUCAAAUCAGAAUUGUGAAAUCUGAUUGUACUUUAACAAAAGUGGAAAAAUAAAAAUUAAUGGUAUACCCUUGAGUAAACAAACAGUUUGCUCCUUUGUUUUUUAGAUUUUAUAAAUUGAAAAAAUUGUUGCUUAAUCUUUUUGAAUUAGAUUUCUUUUUCAAAGAGUCAUCGACAAAUCUUGAUUCAAUUAAAAAAUAAACAAUUUUUUCAAGGUCGUCGUAGAAAUAUAUUAUAUUUUAUAACUUUGAAGUAGAAUAAAGUGCAACAUGAGCAAGUUUUCAACGAUAAAUGAAAUCACAACAAUUUUAAAAAAUGUUUUAAGUGCUAGUAACUUCUACAGGAGGAAUGUGUGAAAGUGUUGUUAAAGAUACUGUGAAUAUAUUUGACACAAAACACCUCUUUUUUAGAUGAUUUCAUAUACAUUAGCUUUAUCGCGUGUGAGAAAUCAAUUAGCAUUUAAGUACAAUUAGGCACUCUCUCUGCUAAUCAGUAUUUGUUAGUUGUGAGCAAUAUUUUAAUUGAUUUCAAGAUUCAUGCAAUUCCAUUCCUGUUAAAUCUCCUUUUGACGCAACAUACAUGUGAUGAAGAGUAAACAAAACAAAGAGUGAAUGGAUUCCAACACACUCUCACAUGUAGGAGCAGAAUUGAUAGAGACACUACUCCAUGAACACUUCGGCAAGCGAUGUACUCUCGUUGGGAUGGCACUUUUCCGCAAUGGGACAUUAUCGUUUCUUGAAUUGAAACACGCAAUAGGGUUUCCAUUUCUGGAAUUACGUCAUUGCCUUACAAUACUUAUCUUGCAAAACGCAGUGACGUAUAGUACGGUUUCCGAAACUGUAGUCUAUACGUUUCAUUCUCUUCAAGUUCUCUAUCGAUUACGCUUUCCACGUUUUUGCUUGUUUUUGCAACAACACAAGGACCCUGUAUGUCGAAUACUUUUUAUGGAAGUUUUAAAAUAUGGCCGUGUUACUUUGAAAUUUUUGUUUGAACAGCUUUUAAAAGAUAAUGACGAAAAAGAAGAUACAAUAACGGCGCUUUGGAAAGAAACGAACUCCGAUGAUGAAAACAAUGGUAAAGGUCACCAUAACGAUUUGACUGAUAUUUCGAAAAACAAGUUAAAAAACUCGUCCACUAUAAAACUUAAAGAGGAAACACUUAGUGCAGGAUUUAUGUCGCUUAUAAAAGAAAAUUAUAUUAUACGUGUCGAUCAAGACGAUAAUAAGAAUGCAUGUUUGAUAUCCCAGUCAGCUAAAAGCAAGGACACGAUGAUCGUAUGCCCUGGGAAUAAAAGAAAAAAAAUAACUAAAGCAACAUCUAAUAAAUCUACUAAAUUAGACGUUGCAUUCACUGUAGCAUUAACCGACUAUGAUUUAAAAGGAAUGGGUACGUCUUCUAAUCACAACAUGAGCGGUGGCAAAAAUUUAUUAAGAAAUGAAUUGUUUCCUUUAACGACAUCAAAAUCUGUUUUGAAAAAAGAAGAAUCUGUAUCUGUUAAAAGUUUAAUAAACAACUUAAAUUUGCACAAUGUUGUUUUUCGAGUGAAUAUACCAUUUAUGAAUUUUCUUCUUUUACGAGAGUUAGCAGAAAAUUUUAUGGCAGCAAAAUGGGGUGAAAGUCGUCUAGUGCGUUGUAUCACAAGAAUUCUUUUAAAAAGUGUUCGUUUUGAUGCUUUGAAUGCUUGUAUUACGAAUGGUAUGACUUUUAGUGAUAUUUGUAGUGAGUUAGAAAGGGUAGGCCAGGAAGAAGAGAAUCCGUUUCCAAUAGAUGAUUCUAAUAAAUUGCUUCAUUUAUUCGAUGCUUUUGAUCGUACGGAUUCUAUUAUUCGUAAGAUAACUGCUGAUGCUAUACCAAUGUUUAUUUUUGACUGGGAAUGUUUUAAAAGAUGUGUUCAAGAAAGAAUUUUUUUCAAUGCUGUUGUAGCAUCACAUGGUGAGAAAGCGGGAAGAAUUUGGGGGCUCUUACGAUCGUCGCAAAACAUUCAUACGGAUUUCAAUAUUCCGAAAUUAUGGGAGGAUCAACAAGUAUCUGACGAGGCACUUCUACCACCUUCAGUAACAAGAGAAAUUUUGUACCGUUUAGCCGCAAGCGGGUUUGUACGUAUGCAUCAAUCAGUAAGAUUUCGUUGUUUGAUAACCGUUGUCAAUGUAAGAGAUAUUUUACCUUAUUCUUUAAAGGACUUGGUCACAGGCGCUCCUACAACCUCUUCUUCAAAGCAUGGUUUAGUUUUUUAUGCUUCCAUUUCUUUGAUUAAAUGCAAGCUUAUUGAAAAAACAUAUCAAACAAUUUUGAAUUUAUGGCAAAGGAAACAACAUGAAGCAAAGGAAAUAACCGAAUUAAUGCGCGGAAAUAUAACAGAGCCAGAUUUACAUGAGACACAAUUACAUCAACGUGAAGCUGCAGAAGAUCAUUUAGAGUGUUCUCUUUUACAACUAGAUGCUACAGUUAUACUUCCACUGCGUGAUUUUAUAUAA